AGUCUCCAGCAGACACUUCUCGUUCCAACUCAGCAUUUUCUUUCAGGUCUCUCUCGGCAGAACUCAGCCUUCUGCAUCCUGACCUGCUACAAACCUGUCGCGCUGUCACAGCCUGCGAACCUGCGCGUGUUCAUCCCGUUACAGUCAACCCCCCUGUCCCCUCUUCUCGCACUCAAGCGCUCGCCACAUCGAACCACUCCUGUGAUGGUGGUCGAGGACAGGGACUGGAAAUGGAUUUUGUGUGUGGGACAGACGGGCAUGGAGGAUCGAUGAAAGGGUUUGGAGUGCAAGGUGGUCUGUGUGGAGCUGAUGCUGGCUGCUCUCCAGCAUUUGCAGCAGGAACGUUGAAGCGGAGGGUGUCGUUUUCAGACAAUCUCCAUGUGAUCUGCUUAUAAAGCAUUGGUGGUGUUGGAAUUCAUUAGUCCCUCUAGAUGCUGGAUCCCCAGUGUUUGCGUCUUCUUUUCCCGGAAUGUGAUGGGCUCUCGUGUAUCGUUUUCCCCGCAUUCACGUGCCCUGUUGACUUGUCGCACUUCUUGGCAGUGUACUUGGUGCAAUGUUGUACUUUGGGGUUGCAUUUCUAUCAGGUGGUAUACAGAGAAGUGUAGCAGUAUCAAAUUGAACGACUGGUUCCCUUUCCGCGGUGUUAUGAAUUAAUCAGAAUUGCAGGAAAAUUUUCCUGAUUCAGGAAAAAAACAGAGUUGUUGCUGGUACCAGUCCUGAUUGUCCAGGAUUUU